GCCGCAGCUCUGUGUUCGCUCUGCGGGCUGAAACACACGGGCAGAAACACGGGAUGACCGCGGUCUGCUGCUCCUCCUGAACCCCCAUCUCUCUCGGUGCUUGAUGCCUCACGUCCUCCGGGGCACGGCUGCUGACUUGGGAAAAGCAGAAGAAGAAGUAGCCUAGUAGAAUAAGUAGAAGAAGAAGCCAGAUCCCCAAACUGGAUGCAAUUAUCUCCACACUUGUUUUUGAUCUGUUGCUGCGCUGCAGUGAGUGAAACCUGGCGCUAUGACCCCCUCCAUGAAGAGUUUGCUCUGGAUGAUGUUUCUGUUUCCAACUCUCAGAUGUGACGGGGAUCUACUUCCUGCGGUGGAUGCAGACGCUGUCGCUGAAGCUCAGAGUGGAGCUGCACCCACAGCUGACACUCCUCAUGGAUACUUCCUGGAGUUUCAGGAGCCGGUGAACAACAUCACUCACUUCCAGGGCCAGACGGCCACGCUGCACUGCAGGGUGACGGGGAACCCCCGGCCCUCCAUCCGCUGGCUGAAGAACGACGCCCCGGUGGUCCAGGAGCAGGGCCGCAUCACCAUCCGGAAGAUCGAGGCCGGGUCCAAGCUGCGGAUCCAAGACCUGGACACCACGGACACCGGGUACUACCAGUGUGUGGCCUCCAACUCUCUGAAGGUCAUCUCUGCCACCGGGGUGCUGUACGUCAAACUGGGACAGAUGCCCACAUCUAGCCCAGAUGAAACGCUUCCUGACAAAGGUUUCUGCCAGCCGUACCGAGGCAUUGCCUGCGCUCGCUUCAUUGGAAACCAGAGCAUCUAUGUGGAGUCUCUUCAGAUGCAGGGGGAGAGUGAAAACCGCAUCACAGCUGCCUUCACUAUGAUUGGCACCUCCACGCACCUAUCGGAUCAGUGCUCCAUGUUUGCCAUCCCGUCCUUCUGUUACUACGUGUUCCCGCUGUGUGACGAGGGGUCCCGGACCCCUCGCAGGCGGCAACUCUGCAGGGAUGAGUGCGAGGCCCUGGAGAACGACCUGUGCUACACGGAGUACACCAUCGCCCGCUCCAACCCCAUGAUCCUGAUGCAGAUGGAGCUGCCCAACUGCCCCCUGCUGCCUCGAGCCGGCACCUCGGAGGCCGCCUCCUGUAUGAGGAUAGGAGUGCCGCAGGACAAACUGGGUCCAUAUAACCCCACAGACCACAGCUGCUAUAACGGCAGUGGAGACGAGUACAGAGGCACGGUCAGCGUCACGAAGUCGGGUCAUCACUGCCAGCCGUGGAGCGCUCAGUACCCUCACAGCCACCACCUCUCCCAGGAGCACCCUGAACUCUGGGGGAGUCACAACUUCUGCCGUAACCCAGGGGGGAGCAUGCAGGCGCCGUGGUGCUUCACCCUGGACCCCCAGGUCAGGGUGGACCUGUGCGACAUCGAGCCCUGCAAUUCUCCGGAGAGCCCCAGGAAGGAGAUCUUGUUUAUUCUCAUCCCUGCCAUCGCCAUCCCAUUGGUCAUCGCUUGCCUCUUCUUUCUGGUUUGUUUGUGUCGCAAUAAACAAAAGGAAUCAACGGACACUCUCCUCCGCGGCCAGCUGAGCGGAUCACCGAGUCCCGACAUGGAGCUUUCCCAGCUCGCUCAGCAGAAACACCAGGCCAAGCUGCGGGAGAUCAACAUGUCGGCAGUGCGCUUCACGGAGGAGUUGGGCGAGGAUCGGUUCGGGAAGGUUUACAAAGGUCACAUGUAUGGCACCGUCCCUGGAGAGCAGACCCAGGUGGUGGCCGUCAAAACGCUGAAGGACAAGGUGGAUGCCACUCUCUGUGAGGAGUUUCGCCACGAAGCCAUGAUCCGCUUCCACAUACAGCACCAGAAUGUGGUCUGUUUGCUGGGCGUUGUCACCAAAGAGCAGCCGAUGAACAUGGUGUUCACAUAUUCAGGGCUUGGAGACCUGCAUGAGUAUCUGGUGGUUCGCUCCCCCAACUCAGACGUCGGCAGUUCAGACGACGACAGGACAGUGAAGUCCACGCUGGAGCAGGCAGACUUCCUUCACAUCAUCACCCAGGUUGCUGCAGGAAUGGAGUACCUUUCCAGCCAGCAGAUAGUCCAUAAAGACCUGGCUGCAAGAAACAUUCUGGUCUUUGACAAACUGAGCGUCAAGAUCCUGGAUCUGGGUCUAAUCAGAGACGUCUACUCUGCUGAUUACUACAACCUCAUGGGGACAAACCCCUUCCCCAUUCGUUGGAUGGCCCCAGAAGCUAUUAUGUACGGAAAGUUGUCCACCGACUCGGACAUCUGGUCUUACGGUGUCCUGCUGUGGGAGACGUUCAGUUAUGGUCUGCAGCCGCACUGUGGCUACUCCAACCAGGAUGUGAUCGAGAUGGUGCGCAGCCACCAGCUCCUGCCCUGUCCGGAUGACUGCCCGUCCUGGAUCUACACCCUGAUGCUGGAGUGUUGGAGUGAAUUCCCAGCGAGAAGGCCUCGCUUCAAGGACAUCCACACACGUCUGCGCUCCUGGGAAAACCUCUCCAACUAUAACAGCUCUGCUCAGACUUCUGGCACCAGCAACACAACGCAGACCAGCUCUCUGAGCACCAGCCCUGUGAGCAACAUCAGCAUGAGCACAGCGAACGCAUCACGCUACACCAGCCCUAAGAAGAGCAUGCCUUUCCACCAGCCACAUUUCAUGCCCAUGAAGGGUCCAAUGCAUCGGCCAAUGGUUCCCCAGCAGCUCUACAUCCCUGUCAAUGGAUAUCACCCCAUGCCAGCUUACCCAUACAUGCAGAACUUUUACCCCAUGCAGAUGCCAAUGCCCAUUCCCCACCAGCAGAUGCACCACCAGCCACAGAUGGUGAGCAAACCUGGGUCUCACCACAGUGGCAGUGGAUCCACGUCCACAGGAUAUGUCACCACCGCCCCCUCCAACACCUCCGUCACAGAGAGAGCGGCUCUGCUGAACGACGACUCCAAGACCAACGACGAGGACUUGGCCAACAUGGCGCCCCAGGAAGAGUUAGACCAAAACAAGGACUCGUUAGUGCCUGAAACCGAGCUGCUGGGCGACAAUGACCCCACACAGACUGAUGAACUGGUGAUACACUUGUCAGACACAUAAGUGUGGAGCUCUCUGAAGAAGAGAAGAGCGGAAAUAUCCUGUGAGCUCUGCUUGCCAAAUAUUCAAUAAGCAGCAUGAAGUGAAGUGAGCAGUUUGGCAGUGACUGAAUGUUUUUUAUACAUUUCUUUGACAGUACUGAUGCAUUUGUGUGUGUCAGGUUUGCACCCGUCAAACUAACGUGUCAACAACGAAGCAAAAUCAUACAAUCUUUUUCUAUAUUGUUGAUAUUCAGAGGAAUUUAUGUACUUGCCGUUGCUGUGCAACACAGAACAUUUUCUUACUCACAACUACUUCAUGGGCGCCUUGAUUUUUGCCUUAUCUGAUGCACAUGUUGCCGCGUGUUUCACUCGCCAGAAAGGCCAUUCACUGAGAGGCUGUAAGGGCAAACUAAUGCUACACCCCCCUCCCACCUCAGAUAGCACACCCCUCUAUCAAGCAUCUAUCCCUACAAGAAGGAACAGGAAGUGAGAUGAUUAAUCCCACACACUUUCAAUACCAGUUGUGUUUACUGGAAACCAGAGGUGAUGUAGUGGUGACUAAAGGACAAUUUUUUUUGUUUUUUUAGGUUAUUAUUCUAUGGUAUUUGGGAUCAUAGUCAACUGAAUGUAUAAUUAAUAGACAUGCUAGUGGAGAAAACUAUCUUUGGGUAACCUUGGUCAUAGUUAUACUCACUGGGAUGUAUUAAGGAAUUGACCUCCAUCAAACAAAACAACGAAUAAGAAACAAGAAUCUUUUUUUUUUCAAAGUUCCCUCAUGACUCCUUUCCCACAGGGUUGAUUCUUUUAACAUCAACUUUGAUAACCAAACAAAUUGUACAGAUUUGUAAUUUAUGUACUUUGGUUUUGGACAUUUUAUUUGUUUAUAAUUGUUCUACUAUGCCUGGUGUUCGUACAUCGUCCUUUUCACCACAUGUUUGCUUUGUUUAAGUAGUUCUUUGCUUACCAUAUAAUGUGUACAUCCAUGAACGGGGUAUCCAAUAAAGUCUCAUACAUCAAACUGUGUAUUUUCCAGGAAGUAAUGUCACUAAAUUAUCCUUUGUCACAAUGUCCAGUGAAGGUACAUUAAGCCAACAGAUAUACUUUGUAGUGAAGAAACACUUGUAUUGCUAAAACUAAUAAAAAAACAUUAAAGGGGA